CCCGCGCUCGUCAGCCGCGGCCGCGGGCGGUACGUCUGGGAGGGGGGCGCGGGCCGCCGCCGACCCCCGCCACGCCGUCGCGACAGAACUUGCAGUGAAUGGAGGAAGACACUUUUUACUAGAGCUUUGACUUGUCUAAAGUUACCAAGAGGUUCUGGGUUACCCCAAGUGCAACAGGAUCACCAUGUUUCGAAACAGUCUCAAGAUGCUCCUGACGGGAGGGAAGUCGAACCGCAAAAACAGGUCCAGUGAUGGAGGGAACGAGGAGCCACCAGACCGAAGACAGGCAAGUGUAGACUCCCGUCAGAGCCGAUCUGGGCAAGGCACCUCCACAGAGAACGACUGUGCUUUUGAGCCAGACUACGCCAUCCCGCCGCUCCCCAUGACCGAAGGUAUGCAGCACAUUCGGAUUAUGGAGGGCAUGUCCCGCUCCCUUCCAUCCUCCCCCUUACUCACACAUCAGUCUAUCAGUGUUCGGCUCCAACCUGUGAAGAAGUUAACUGCCCCUUUGAGGAAAGCAAAGUUUGUUGAGAGCCCUCGAAUCCCCGAGUCUGAGCUUGGCUCCCCAACACUCUCUUCAGCACAGAAACUGGACGUUGAUGCAUACUGCCCUGGUGACACUGAGCAGGACCUGGGACCCCCUCCAUCCGUAGAUGAGGCAGCAAACACACUCAUGACUCGCCUGGGCUUCCUCCUUGGAGAGAAAGUCACGGAGGUACAGCCAGGGCCCCAGUACAGCAUGGAGGUGCAGGAUGAGAACCAGAGCUCGGCGGUGACGCAGCGCAUCAGCCCCUGCUCCACGCUGACCAGCAGCACGGCCUCGCCGCCCGCCAGCAGCCCCUGCUCCACCCUGCCGCCCGUCAGCACCAGCGUGCCCACCAAGGACUGCACCUACGGCGCCGUCACCAGCCCCACCUCCACGCUGGAGAGCAGGGACAGCGGCAUCAUCGCUACUCUGACCAGCUACUCAGAAAACGUGGAGCGCACCAAGUAUGGAGGGGAGAGCAGCAAGGAGCUGGGGUCUGGAGGAAACCUGAAGCCUUGGCAGUCCCAGAAAUCCAGCAUGGACUCCUGCUUGUACCGUGUGGAUGAGAACAUGACAGCCUCCACCUACAGCCUCAACAAGAUCCCUGAGAGGAACCUGGAGACAGUCCUGUCCCAGUCCGUGCAGUCCAUUCCUCUCUACCUUAUGCCACGGCCAAACUCAGUAGCAGCCACCAGCUCAGCCCACCUGGAGGAUCUGGCGUACCUGGACGAGCAGAGGCACACUCCCCUGCGCACCUCGCUCCGGAUGCCGCGGCAGAGCAUGGCUGGCGCCCGCACGCAGCAGGACCUGCGAGUGCGCUUCGCCCCGUACCGACCUCCUGACAUCUCUCUGAAGCCCCUGCUCUUCGAGGUGCCCAGCAUCACCACCGAGUCUGUCUUCGUGGGCCGGGACUGGGUGUUCCACGAGAUCGAUGCUCAGCUGCAGAGUUCCAACAGCAGCAUCAACCGCGGCGUGGUGAUCGUCGGCAACAUCGGCUUCGGGAAGACGGCCAUCAUCUCCCGCCUGGUGGCACUCAGCUGCCACGGCACACGCAUGAGACAGAUUGCUUCUGACAGCCCACAUGCCUCCCCAAAACAUGUGGAUGCAAACCGAGAGCUGCCCUUAACCCAGGCACCUUCUGCCCACUCCUCCAUCACCAGCGGGAGCUGCCCGGGGACUCCCGAGAUGCGCCGGCGCCAGGAGGAGGCCAUGAGGAGACUUGCUUCACAGGUCGUUGCCUAUCACUACUGCCAAGCUGACAAUGCCUACACCUGCCUGGUGCCAGAGUUCGUGCACAACGUGGCCGCCCUGCUCUGCCGCUCGCCGCAGUUCGUCGCCUACCGGGAGCAGCUGCUGCGGGAGCCUCACCUGCAGAGCAUGCUCAGCCUGCGCUCCUGCGUGCAGGACCCCAUGGCCUCCUUCCGCAGGGGAGUCCUGGAGCCCUUGGAAAACCUGCACAAAGAGAGGAAGAUUCCUGAUGAAGAUUUCAUUAUAUUAAUUGAUGGCUUAAAUGAGGCUGAAUUUCACAAGCCAGAUUAUGGAGACACCAUAGUAUCAUUCCUGAGCAAAAUGAUUGGGAAGUUCCCUUCCUGGCUGAAGCUGGUAGUGACAGUCAGGACAAGUCUACAGGAAAUAAUUAAGCUGUUGCCCUUCCACAGAAUAUUUUUGGAUAGACUGGAAGAGAAUGAAGCCAUAGACCAGGACCUGCAGGCAUAUAUCCUUCAUCGGAUCCACAGCAGCUCGGAGAUCCAGAACAACAUCUCCCUUAACGGCAAAAUGGACAACACUACCUUUGGCAAACUCAGUUCUCACCUCAAGACCUUGAGCCAAGGCUCCUACCUGUACCUAAAACUCACUUUUGAUCUCAUAGAGAAAGGCUACCUGGUACUAAAAAGCUCCAGCUACAAAGUAGUCCCAGUGUCUCUGUCAGAAGUUUACCUGUUGCAGUGCAAUAUGAAAUUCCCAACGCAGUCUUCCUUUGAUCGGGUUAUGCCCCUCUUGAACGUGGCAGUGGCAUCUCUGCACCCCUUAACAGAUGAGCAUAUUUUUCAGGCCAUCAACGCAGGUAACAUUGAGGGCACUUUGGAGUGGGAUGACUUUCAGCAGAGGAUGGAGAACCUGUCUAUGUUUCUUAUCAAACGUAGAGACAUGACGCGAAUGUUUGUUCAUCCCUCUUUCCGAGAGUGGCUCAUUUGGAGAGAAGAAGGUGAAAAGACCAAGUUUCUCUGUGACCCUAGGAGUGGCCACACACUGCUUGCCUUCUGGUUUUCCCGUCAAGAAGGAAAACUUAAUCGACAGCAAACCAUUGAGCUGGGACAUCACAUCCUCAAAGCACAUAUCUUUAAGGGGCUGAGUAAAAAAGUUGGAGUCUCUUCCUCCAUCCUGCAAGGGCUUUGGAUCUCCUACAGCACCGAAGGCCUUUCAAUGGCUUUGGCAUCACUGAGAAACCUCUACACUCCAAACAUAAAGGUCAGUCGGCUGCUGAUCCUAGGCGGCGCCAACGUGAACUACCGGACGGAGGUGCUGAACAAUGCUCCGGUCCUGUGCGUCCAGUCCCACCUGGGCUACACGGAGAUGGUAGCUCUGCUGCUGGAGUUCGGAGCCAACGUGGAUGCUGCUUCAGAGAGUGGCCUCACCCCCCUGGGCUAUGCAGCUGCUGCUGGAUUCCUGAGCAUCGUGGUGCUGCUCUGCAAGAAACGGGCCAAGGUGGAUCACUUGGACAAAAACGGGCAGUGUGCCCUGGUCCACGCUGCCCUCAGAGGCCACCUGGAGGUGGUGAAGUUCUUGAUCCAGUGUGACUGGACCAUGGCUGGGCAGCAGCAGGGCGUGUUCAAGAAGAGCCAUGCCAUCCAGCAAGCUCUGAUAGCUGCUGCCAGCAUGGGCUACACCGAGAUCGUCUCCUACCUGCUUGAUCUUCCAGAAAAAGAUGAAGAAGAGGUGGAGAGAGCACAAAUCAACAGCUUUGACAGCCUGUGGGGAGAGACAGCUCUGACAGCGGCAGCCGGGCGUGGGAAGCUGGAGGUCUGCAGGCUGCUGCUGGAGCAGGGCGCUGCGGUGGCGCAGCCCAACCGCCGCGGGGUCGUUCCGCUCUUCAGCGCCGUCCGGCAGGGCCACUGGCAGAUCGUAGACCUCUUACUCACGCACGGCGCUGAUGUGAACAUGGCAGACAAGCAGGGGCGGACGCCGCUGAUGAUGGCUGCAUCUGAAGGACACCUGGGCACGGUGGAGUUUCUGCUUGCACAAGGUGCCUCCAUCGCUCUGAUGGACAAGGAGGGCUUGACAGCCCUCAGCUGGGCCUGCCUGAAGGGACAUCUCCCUGUGGUGCGUUCCCUGGUGGAGAACGGAGCUGCCACCGACCACGCCGACAAGAACGGGCGCACGCCGCUGGACCUGGCUGCCUUCUACGGCGACGCGGAGGUGGUCCAGUUUCUGGUGGACCACGGGGCCAUGAUCGAGCACGUUGACUACAGCGGGAUGCGGCCCCUGGACAGGGCAGUCGGCUGCCGCAACACCUCGGUCGUCGUCACGCUGCUGAAGAAAGGAGCCAAGAUAGGUUGUCAGACGUUACCGAGUCGCCCACGAGGUCCAGCAACAUGGGCGAUGGCAACCUCCAAACCAGACAUCAUGAUCAUCCUGUUGAGCAAGCUGAUGGAGGAGGGAGACAUGUUUUAUAAGAAAGGUAAAGUGAAGGAGGCUGCCCAGCGCUACCAGUACGCUCUGAAGAAGUUCCCUAGGGAAGGGUUUGGAGAAGACCUGAAGACCUUCCGUGAGCUGAAGGUGUCUCUGCUCCUCAACCUCUCCCGGUGUCGAAGGAAAAUGAACGACUUCGGAAUGGCAGAGGAGUUUGCCACUAAAGCUCUGGAGCUGAAACCGAAGUCUUACGAAGCUUACUAUGCAAGAGCAAGGGCCAAGCGCAGCAGCAGCAGGCAGUUUUCAGCAGCCUUGGAGGACCUGAACGAGGCCAUCAAGCUGUGUCCCAACAACCGUGAGAUCCAGCGGCUGCUGAUGCGGGUGGAAGAGGAGUGCAGGCAGGUACAGCAGCAGCAGCAACAGCAGCAGCAGCAGCAGCAGCAGCCACCACCGCUGCCAGCGGAGCCUGAACCUGAGGCCCAGCACGAAGAGCUGUAUUCUGUACAAGAUAUCUUUGAGGAGGAAUACCUUGAGCAGGAUGUAGAGAAUGUUUCCAUUGGCUUGCAGACAGAGUCCAGGCCAAACCAAGGGCUGCCCAUCAUCCAGAGCCCACCCCCAUCCCCAGCUCACAGAGACUCAGCCUAUAUUUCUGGCUCGCCUCUUGGCUCUCAUCAGGUCUUUGAUUUCAGGUCCAAUAGCUCCGUGGGUUCACCAACCAGGCAGGGGUACCAGUCCACAUCUCCUGCUCUGUCUCCAACGCACCAAAACUCACAUUAUAGACCCAGUCCUCCACACACGUCCCCUGCUCACCAGGGCUCCUCUUACCGCUUCAGCCCACCUCCUGUUGGAAGCCAAGGGAAGGAAUAUCAGAGCCCACCACCUUCUCCUCUUCGCAGAGGGCCUCAGUACCGUGCCAGUCCCCCAGCAGAGAGCAUGAGCGUUUACAGGUCACAGUCCGGCUCCCCGGUUCGGUACCAGCAGGAGCCCAGCGGAGUCAGCCAGCUCCCUGGUAGGCCAAAGUCUCCCUUAUCCAAGAUGACACAGAGGUCCUUCCAGAUGCCCCAGCUGCCUGUGGCCGUGCCGCAGCAGGGCCUGAGGCUGCAGCCAGCCAAGGCACAGAUCGUGAGGAGCAACCAGCCCAGCUCAGCCGUCCAUUCGAGUACUGUAAUCCCAACCGGUGCUUACAGCCAGGUUGCCCACUCGAUGGCCAGCAAGUACCAGUCGGCGUCAGGGGAGAUGGGGGUUAGCCAGAGCAGGUUGGUGUACCAGGGCUCCAUCGGAGGCAUCGUUGGGGACAGCAGACCAGUGCAGCACGUGCAGGCAAGCCUCAGCGCCGGAGCCAUCUGUCAGCACGGAGGGCUGGCCAAAGAAGACCUUCCGCAGAGGCCGUCCUCGGCGUACCGGGGAGGGAUGAGGUACAGCCAGACGCCUCAGAUCGGGCGCAGCCAGUCCGCUUCCUACUACCCAGUGUGUCACUCGAAGCUCGACUUGGAGCGCUCUGCCCUCCCCGCCAACCAGCUGGGCUCUCCAGACGUGUCCCAUCUCAUCCGAAGGCCCAUCAGCGUUAACCCCAGCGAAAUCAAACCUCACCCGCCCACUCCCAGGCCUCUGCUCCACUCUCAGAGCGUUGGCCUCCGCUUCUCUCCUUCCAGCAAUAGCAUCUCCUCCACCUCCAACCUGACUCCCAACUUCCGCCCCUCUGCCUCGAUUCAGCAGAUGGAGAUCCCACUCAAGCCAGCCUACGACAGGUCGUGCGAUGAGCUUUCUCCGGUGUCUCCCACGCAGGGGGGUUACCCCAGCGAGCCUGCCCGCUCCCGCACCACCCCCUUCAUGGGCAUCAUCGACAAAACCGCUCGGACUCAGCAGUACCCCCACCUGCAUCAGCAGAACCGGACCUGGGCUGUGUCAUCAGUGGACACUGUCAUCAGUCCGACGUCUCCUGGCAACCUCCCCCAGCCGGAGUCAUUUAGUCCUCCUUCUUCAAUCAGCAACAUUGCCUUUUAUAACAAAACCAACAAUGCACAGAAUGGCCAUUUGCUAGAGGAAGACUAUUACAGCCCCCAUGGGAUGCUGGCCAAUGGGUCCCGAGGAGACCUCCUGGAGAGAGUCACCCAAGCCUCCUCGUACCCCGACGUCAAGGUGGCAAGGACGCUGCCCGUGGCGCAGGCCUACCAGGACAACCUGUACAGGCAGCUCUCCAGGGACUCCAGGCAAGGGCAGACAUCCCCAAUCAAACCAAAGAGACCAUUUGUGGAGUCUAAUGUGUAAAAGACGCUUGUUGGAGUAAGACCCUCAUGUUUUCAGCACACACUUCCAAGCUUGAUUUCCAUGCAUAUUAUUAUUAUUAUUAAUUAUUAUUAUUAUUAUUAUUAUUUUGAUUUCUCCUUGGUAGCUACAUGACCAAGUUGCUCUGGUACUUUGUGUGGUGGUCAGACAGCCAUGCACGUGCUCCAGCCCUUUCGUUCCCUAGCUGACCAUGAAGCCAACGUCAAGCCAAGCCCAGUAGCGUUUGCCCAGUUCCAGCCAAGUUCCCAGCAGGAUAUCUUAGUGGGGUGGGGUGGCCCAGAAAUAGCCCCUAGGCAGCGGGAGGUAACCAGCUCCUUUCCAAGAGACAAUCAUUAGAGGUUGGAAGGGACCUCCAGAGAUCAUGUUGGAUUUAACAGGGUUUCUUUUGCCUCCGUGAGCUUUUACUCAGUUCUGAUGGGAGUGGAAGUAGAGCAGGGAUCAUCACAGGAGCCUUUCCCAGGUCCCCAUGCCAACUGGGUCCUUUAGCUCUUUGUCCCUCGAAGAGCAAGUGAGGGCAGGAUGUGUUUUAAUACUCAGUAGCUAUGCACACAACCACCCCGCUUCAGCCGGUCUGGCACAGUUUAAUCUGGCUGGGAGGGGUGGGCAUCACACCAGGCUUUGCUGCUUUCCAAGAUACCUGCUUGGUGCCCUGACACUGAGGCAUUUAAUGAGCAUUGAGAGGUUGAGGUUGGCUCUUUAUAAGUGUUUUUAGUCAGCCAAAGGAACUGGCCAGGAACCUCUUGGGAAUGGCCUGGGAUCACAAAACAUCUUCAUGCCAUUAGCAGCCAGCUGCACCUCACACAUUACACCACCUUGGUUUAAUGUUGGGGGGUUUCAUUUGGUUGGGGGGUUUCUCUGCAAGGAAAAGCAAAGUCUGGCUUAGCAGAUGGUAUUCAAGGAGGAAAAUUUGGGCUCCUUGUUUUCAGGUGGUUCUAUGGUGAGGGUGCAGAGCGUGGUGUGGUGGGUCCUGAGGCAGGAGAGGUCCUUCAGCAAAGCCAGCCCUGCAGCUCGCUCCUACCCGGGGCUGUGCUCCUUAAGGAUCCCUUCCCAAAAUCUUGGGAGGCAGUUGCUGAGUUCAUACUUUUGGAUGGUGGAGACCCUCUUUUCCUUCUUGAGGAGCUGUAGUUGACGUCUCUGUUUCGUUUCCACCGUCUCUUGCAGGACAUGGAUUGGGCUGGGUUGGUUUUUCCUGCGCUUUCUUCUAUCCAUCAAAUGCAGUCCCAUCAGGACAUGGCAUGAAGAGCAGGGGAUGCUUCCAGCAUCCUCUUAGUAGCAUUUGCAAUCAUUUUUCACUUUUCUCUGCGUUUUUUUUUUGGGGGGGGGGUUGCUCCAGGACAUUCUUUACAGCCUCAUUUAUUCCUGGUGGGUUUCUUGUUCGCCUUUUCAGUUGCUGAGGGAGCAGGGUGGGAUGGGUUGGGGGUGGAAGAGGGAUAACCCUGUAGCUUGUUCUAAAGCAAAAUAGUGCCUGUUGCCCAUGCCAAACCUCACUCAUAUUAGCCCUGGGGAGCGAUGGCAGUGCCGAGCAGGAGGACUGAUACCUUCUGGUGAUCCCCAAGGGCUAUGCCAACUGAUUGCAAGACUUCUUGAACCAAAUCGUGGGGUCCAACCUCCACUGGUGUCAGCAAACAUAUCCCCAGUGUGACACCAGUGCAGCUCCAUCCAUUUACACCAGCUGAGGACUUGGUCCCAUACUCUUCAUCAAACCCUGGCUUCAGUGGGGGUUUUCUUUCCUUUCUCUCUGUGUGGUCCUGCACAUCUUUGUUGCUGUUUCGUUGCCUAACUUGCUCAGAGCAAAGUGGGAUGUGCACACCUUGGGAUGGUGGAGGCUUGUGUCUCAUAGACACAUUGAGAGCAUUCAGGUGUUUUCUCUGUGGAGUUUGGAGAAUUUUGUGCUCUUUGGCACCGUUUGGUCUUUCUCCGGGGCAGUGUUUAGGUUGAGGUUGGUGUUUCCUUUCUCGGGGUGCAGCCCAGUGCUGACAGUGCUUUGUGACAGGGCUCAGUGCAGUGAGGGGACUGGGAGACCCCUUGGUAGGGUGAGCAGCUGCCAGCACAGAGCUCUGAACUGUGCUUCUUUCCUUGCAGAGUGUGAUGAGGCUUUUCUUCCUCUCUUUUUAUUCAAACAGCAUGCACUGCUGUGGAAGGAGUGACCAAUUUCAUCUCCAACAGGAAGGAGCAACCAAUUUCUUCUUCCCCAUGCACUGCACCUGUAGCUAGGAGCUGUGUAGGUCUGGAGAAGCACCAGCAGCUUUGCUCCAGCUUUCUGAUCAAGUGGCUCCCCACUUUCAGUUGCUUCUUUGAAAGGAAAAAGUGACCCAAUCCACUCCCAUCCAUGUCACACACUGAGCGAGGCACGCUUUGGCCGUGAGCUGGUUCUCUGCACCAAGAUGCAAACAGAACAGUCCAAGAGCAGCAAUGCCAGAGCUGCCCCUGCUUUGCUUUCACUGCUCACUGCCUUGUGCGCCCAGGACUGUCCUUCCAGUCCCCUCACAGCACUUUGUGUAGAA